CAAGUCAUUGAAGCGCGAUUGACGAACAGUAGGUGACAGUAGAAAGUGAUAGAAAGUGAAAUAUGUAUUCGGCUACUGUGAAUGAUUACAUCAUUAGAUGGCUAUUGUUCAUCAGGUGUCACUCGGCAGCUUCAAUAAAAAGUCAGUUAUCAAAUUAUCAAACUAAUAAGGUGUAUUUAUUGUGAUACGGCUCGCAGGUUUAUCCUCUUUAUGUCUCUGGUAUUUUAAGAUUUGCUUUAUCCUGUCAUCAAUCUGUUAUAUUUGCAGGCUUUGCAAAAUAGGAACAGACGAUACUAACCAAUAUGUUGUAUAGUGUUUGUUGCUAAAUCUCUGUUGCAAAAAAAGCUAUUAAAAGGACAGAGGCAAAACAAAAUUGUAAAUAUCCAAUGAUCUCUAUUUAUCGCCUUAUCCUGUAAACCAAAUAUGCGUGAAAAAAAAGAAGGAAAAUACUUGCCAAGUCACCAGGUCGUAUUGCCAAACAAUAAUAUCCAAUACAGCAGCAUGUUACAUGAUACAGUAUUAUUUGAAAGGUUAACGAAGUCAGAACUGUUUCCAAGAUGUCUAAGAGUUAUAAUAAUGUAUAUGAUAUUUAAAUAAAAUAGACCAAGUUUAGUGAACAUAAUAUGGACAAUCUCAAUAUGAAUGAAUAAUAAUAAUAUUAUCAAACGUUAACGUCAAAGUGAGUUAUAAAUUUAAUUGAUAAAUAAGUUUUAAUACACAUAAUAAGUUGAAGCAGAAAUAAUGUUAAAUAUAAAAUCGCACGAUAAUGUCAAAAAAGAAGAAGUGGAAGCGCAAGUAAUUACGGCGAUGCAAGAGCAAGAAAAAACUCUUGAAGGAUACACCUUAAACGCUGUGAAUAGCUACGGUGAAAAUUUAUUGCACAUAAGCGCAGCGAAUGAUUGCUUCAGGAUUGUGAAGGAAAUUUUGAGCCAGAAAAAGAAUCGCCUUGUCAUAGACAGGAAAAACAAAUUUGGCUGGAGCCCACUAAUGCAAGCGAUUCGUAACGGAAAUAUCGACACUGUGAAAAUGCUUUUAGAGAAGAACGCCAACAUUGACGAUGCAACUUAUCUUGGUAUGUCGGUGCUUGGCCUGGCUGCUGCGAUCAGCAAGGAGAUGUUCGAAACGGUGUACAACGCCUACCCGGACGCGUUGGCAAACGCAGCUAAUGAUGACAUAACUCCGUUGUGUGUGGCUGCCACGAAGAACGACAAAGAGUUGUUUUUUAGAUUGUUGGAAUUGGGCAUGCCGCUUUCAACUGCUAAUAACUAUACUCGCAUCAUGAUGAGACGCUCUACAGUACCGGAAAUAGUCAUUCUGGCGGAAGAAUAUUUGGCCACGGACGACUAUUGGAAGGAUACGUCGGAUAACAUCCAAGUAAUAAGCGGGCAAAGCAACGACGAUGUGACGGGAGAAUCUUCGAAAUCGGUUUUAAAAAAUGACAGGAAGAGAAAACAUAUAUCCAUCCUGAACUUGUUAUCUAUACCUCCGAAAUCUAAUAAGCAAGAUUUGCUAUCGCCGAACUUGACAUACGACACUUUUGCAUUAUCCCCAAAUGUUUAUUUUACAAAUAUAAAUCUUGCGAAGAGAUCGAAUAUAUUUUUCCCGGAAAAAGAUGCAAAUAACGGAGCAGCGAAAAGUGAUUUGGAGAAGUAUUCCGUAACGAGCGAGUACCAACUUAAAUCACCUCCGGCUUUAUCACAAAAGUCGCUACGACCUUUGGAUCUGGGCUUGAAGAAAUUCUCAAACGAAUCUAACACCACUGUCGAGUUCACGCCCGAAUUCAGCCCUCUCAAGUCGCCCCACGUGCCACCGGACAUUAACGAGGAGAACGUGUAUGGUGAGAAUACCCCGACGCCACCGCGCUGCACCACGCCACCGAAAGGGAUGCUUUUGAAUUGGCAACAGACCAAAAUGAUUAUGAUACUGAGACGCUUCGGCUUCAGCCAAUAUAUCUCUGUGUUUCUCGAACAAGAAGUGGACAUCGAUCUAUUUUUAACACUCACGGAUAAAGAUUUGAUAGAAAUUGGUAUCGAGAGCGAGAAAGACAGACGUGCUAUACUAGAAGGCAUAGAGGAAUAUAAAAAUCGUAAAACAUACUAAUAUUUAAUACUGUUUAUUCACUAAUCGAAGCGAGUAUACUUUGUUACUACUUAAAUGAGAAAGGUUUAAAACGUUGUUACUUUUACUUGUGUUCUAAGAUAAAUAACUUGUAGCUUAAAAUAAUUUUAAUUUAAUUUCUAAUGUUAAUUCAUUAUUUUAUUAUGAUUGUGAUAGUUAAUUUUUUUCUACUAGAAAUGAACUUACAAAAAAAAGAAAUGAGCUUACAAAAAAAUGAAUUAUGUUUUAAGAGAAAUAAUAAUUGUUAUUGAAACAGGAAUAAUUCACGGGAAUACUUUCUCUAGAAGUUCCUUAACAAUUUUUCCUUCAGAUUUAGCUUGCAAGGCUUUCCUUCUUUGCCCGACAGCUCCUUCAACAUAACAUUAUUUUCUUCAACAACUCUUUCAUGAUUGUUAUGUGAAAAAUCAUAUAUGUAUACCAUAUUUACCAUAGACGAUUUAUUCUCGAUUUCUUUUUUUUUCUGCUCAAAAUAAUGCGACUUGUUUUUAUCUCUCUGUACAAUUGAUUCACUGGUCGCGACACUAUCUCCGUCGCAUAACAUUGCCGAACA